AGGCGGCGCGGGAGAAGUGGAAAGCCGGGAAGAGAGAGCCGACGAAGGGAAGAAUCGGGGUCCACAACAAAAUCGCUUAAUCGCUUUGCGCCACCGUCCGCAACGGAACACGGGUCGUCCGCCGCCAUCACGGUGCCCCCUAGUGUGCAUUUAUGUCUUUCUCUUUCUCCGUCUCUGUCCGUGAUUUGCUACACCACUUCGUGCCGCGACGUUUUCACGGACAAACCAAGAGUGACAGCUGCCAAUCGUCAACGCGGUACGUGUUUUACGCGACGACUAACAAUUGUUCGUGUGUCAUUUCGCGUAUACGUAAACUUUUGUGAAAAUUCUUCGUAAGUUCGGUCAUUCCGUGCGUAGCCGUGUGUUACGAGUGCUAUAACCACGACAAAAGUGAGUGUCUCUCCUGUGGACCUCGGCACGGAGUUGCCAAACAUCGGCUAAACUUUUGUUCCGGCUGUGGUUUUGUUCGUAGGUCAGGUCAUGGUGAGCGGCGGUAUGGCCGGGCAGCACUACUGCCUGCGCUGGAACAAUUACCAAUCAAACAUGACGUCCGUUUUCCACCAACUCCUUCAAACGGAAGCCUUCGUGGACGUCACGCUAGCGUGUAACGAGGCUUCCUUGAAGGCGCACAAGGUGGUAUUGUCAGCCUGCAGUUCCUACUUUCAAAAGCUUCUGCUCUCGAACCCGUGCAAGCAUCCGACAAUCAUCAUGCCACAGGACGUUUGUUUCAAUGAUCUCAAGUUCAUCAUUGAGUUUGUCUACAGGGGCGAAAUCGACGUGUCACAGGCGGAACUUCAGUCACUGUUGAAAACAGCCGAUCAGCUCAAGAUCAAGGGUCUCUGCGAGGUUCCGGAAAGCAGAGACGGUCCACCAUCAGUUAGUCUGAGUUCGCCACCAAGAGAACCCGGCACUCCUAGAAUAAAUUUCACCAAACUGAAACGACACCAUCCGAGGUACAAGAGAGCCAGAACGAGCUUUGAGCCUCGCGCGACAGAUUCAAGGCACUACGACAGAUACAAAGAAGAGGAGUCGAACGAAAAUUACAAUCGAGAGAACAAAGAGAACCACAGGGAUUGGCAAGCUGAAGAUGAAGAGUGUACGGAAGGAACGACCGCAGCAGUAGCUCUAGAAACUUGCCAGCGUAAUAAUAACAACAAUAAUAUUAACAAUAGUAACAACAACAAUAAUAACGGUAGUAAUAGUAGCAACAGUAACGGCACCAACAAUAACAACGGUGACAUGUUUUGUCAUACAGGACUCGGUCAUUACGGACACCAUCCGGAUCCUGGAGACGUCGAUCUACCUCCAGAGACCCAACCUACACCACCCAGUGCAACGUUAGUCGGUACGACGAUCACCCAUCUGAGAGAUCCGGAUCAUCAUGCGACAGAGAUCCAAAAUUGUGACAGUGUAAAGAUCAAGUUCGAAACGUUACACACCAUGGAUUCGUCGGAUACGAUCGACAUCGACAGCCACAUGUCGGACCGGGCGAGCGUCAGUUCAAAGAACGCGGCCGACAACGACAACAUGAUGAUGAUCACCCCGGAACUACUCGGUCUGAUGCCUUCUGGAAGCUCGGUUCACUCGGAUUCCGGCGAGAACAACUCGAGGGGCCAUUCAGGCCAGUCCAGUUCUCACCAUCACGGCUCCAAGUCGUGGACCCAGGAGGACAUGGACGCCGCGUUGGAAGCGUUGCGAAACCACGACAUGAGCCUGACGAAAGCCUCUGCAACAUUUGGUAUACCGUCGACGACGUUAUGGCAACGAGCGCAUCGAUUAGGUAUCGACACGCCAAAAAAAGACGGUCCAACUAAGUCGUGGAGCGACGAGAGUUUGAACAACGCUCUCGAAGCACUGCGAACCGGUACGAUCUCGGCGAAUAAAGCGUCGAAGGCGUAUGGCAUACCUUCCAGUACGUUGUAUAAAAUCGCGAGGAGGGAAGGCAUCAGACUGGCCGCGCCAUUCAACGCGAGUCCUACCACUUGGUCGCCCGCUGAUCUCGAUCGCGCCCUCGAAGCAAUCAGAUCCGGCCAAACGUCAGUGCAAAGAGCGUCCACGGAAUUCGGCAUACCGACCGGCACGCUAUACGGUAGAUGCAAGAGGGAGGGCAUCGAACUUAGCAGGAGUAAUCCUACGCCCUGGAGCGAGGACGCCAUGACGGAUGCCCUCGAAGCCGUCAGAUUAGGACACAUGAGCAUCAAUCAAGCUGCUAUUCACUAUAAUCUACCAUAUUCUUCUUUGUAUGGUCGUUUCAAAAGGGGGAAAUACGAAGAGCCAGCUGUUGGUGACUUGUCGCAAGACGGCAGCAAUCCUCAUUUCCAUCAGAGUCCAACUCAGAAUCAUUCAUCGGCGGUUCCGGAUCAAAUGCCGUACCAGGGCAGCUGAAACUUACCUCUUUAUUAGAGUGCUAAGUUAACUUAAUCCUUGAACUCGUAGUUACAAUUAAUUCGAUGUUUUGGAAACAACAAAAGCCAUCGACCAAAAAAAAAAAAAGAAAAAAGAACGCGCGUCACCAAAACGAUUAGGGAAUUUCGAGUGCACGAAUGCCGGAAGUUAAGACAAGUGGUAUCACCGAUAUCGGGUAAGGGUGUAAAAAUCCCGCAGUAUUAAAUAUGGAUUACCAUAAGCAAAUAUUAUGUAUAUUUCAGGUCAAGUCGGAAACGUAGGUUAAUUAUAAUUUAUAAGAAUUAUUUAUAAAAAA